UGGCCAUGUUCCGUUUCAAUUUAAGUCAGCUGCUGCUGCUGCUCUUGCCGCUGCUGUUGGCGGUACUCUGCCGUGCCCAUCCGCCGGCAACCACCGCGAUGCCAGCGGCACUAAUUGAGGCGCCGGGUGGUGUCUAUGACAACAAAUUUGAUAAUGUGGAUAUAGAUGAGAUACUCAGCCAGGAGCGGCUGCUUAACAACUAUAUCAAGUGUCUGGAAAGUAUGGGACCCUGCACGGCUGAUGCCAAAAUGCUAAAAGAAAUCCUGCCCGAUGCCAUGAUGACGGACUGCGUCAAAUGCACCGACAAGCAAAAAUAUGGCGCCGAGAAGGUAACACGCCAUCUGAUCGAUAACCGCCCCGAAGAUUGGCAGCGCUUGGAGAAAAUCUACGAUCCGCAGGCAACCUAUCGCAUGAAGUACGAGGAAACCAAGACCGCCAAUGGCAAAAGGUCGAACGUUGAGCUUGAAGCCUUGGAUCAGGCUCAGGGCGAUUCCUAACUGCACACAAAUUGGAAAUAAUUCCAAAUACAGUAGUCGCACCGAUAAACAAGUCUAGUGAACACCUGUAUGCACAUAUAUAAAUAUAUAUACACAUGCAUCGUUUUUUUUUCCGCACUUAAAUAAAGCAUACUCCACAAAAGCAAUCCAAUCGC